UUUUUCUGUUUAUGUAAAUCUUUAAUUAACCUAUAUAUAAACGAAAACAUACUCAUAACAGAAUUAAUAUUCUUGUAAGUUUGCUAAAAACUUACAAUAUAAAUUGAAUGUGAAGUGCACUGAACUAGAGCUCAUUGGGUCUGGAUUUGAUGUAUUCAAUAUUCUCCCAUCAUCCUUUAUAAUGAAAUGUGCCCAUAUUUGUGUUUAUAAAAGUCUUGAACUGCUAAGUUUCAAAAUGAGUAUACGAUAGUACUUUCUAUUUUCUAUUGAGGUACAUCUUUCACUCGAAAUAUCAAUCAUAGAAACAUAAGAAUAACUUAAAUAUUAAAAAAUUUAAGAUUUUCUUCUGUUUAGGUUUUAAUACGGUUCCUGGUGGUAAUUUAUCUGCUAAUUUAAGUGUAUUAUCUUAUCAUUGGUAUUGUACAACAUUAUCAAUUGGCCUUCCAAUACCAGUUACUCUACCACCGGGAGUAACUCUAUUAACAACAGGAACAACAUGUAAUAUACAAGGUGAUCUGAUAUUUCAAGCGGUUGACAAUGAUAUUACACAAACACGUGGUUCAUCAUUUUUAACAGAAUUCGGAUUUGAUGGAAGAACUAAUACAGGUGCACAACAAAAUGAUUAUGUUUUGGAUAAAUCUGAUCAAUAUUUUCAAUCGUGGACUGUAUGGGGACAGAGUUUUAUUAAUGAAUCCAAUAAUAUUCAAUAUGAUAUCUUAUCACAAUUUAAUCGACCUUAUGCUUAUGCAAUUGCUGGUACACCAUUAUUUAUGUUCUAUGAUCGGAAUGAUCCCUGUCAAGUGAAUAAUGAAAAAAUGGUCAUUUUAAUGACCAUUUUUCCAUUACUCAAUCAUUUUGACCAUUAUCAUGUAUGGUUUGUAGUGAAUAAUGAAAACAUAGUCAUUAAAAUGCAUUUUUGA